ACAAUAUUUGUGAGUGUGUGGUUGUGUGUGGUUGAGUGUGGUUGUGUGUGGUUGUGUGAGUGUGUGUGUUUUACUGAAUCACUGUUCUGCUUCUUGUGCAGUGUUUACCACUGUGGAGAGUACUGGCUGCUGAAAAAAUAUGCCUGUGAUGUCACACUGGACCCGAACACAGCACACAGACACCUCUCUCUGUCAGAGAGGAACAGGAAGGUGACGUGGGGGAAAGAGAAGCGGCUGUAUCCUGAUCACCCAGAGAGAUUUGAGGACUGGCCACAGGUGCUGUGUAGAGAGGGUCUGACUGGGCGCUGUUACUGGGAGGCAGAGAUGAGUGGGGGAGGGGAUGACAUAGGAAUGACGUACAGAGGAAUCGGCAGGACAGGAAACACUGAUGACAAUAAGCUUGGAUGCAAUGACACGUCCUGGAGUCUGAGCUGCUCUGAUUACGGUUACACUGCCAGGCACAAUAAGGAGAGAACUGACUUACCUGCCUCCUCCUCGUCCAACAGAGUAGGAGUGUAUCUGGACUGGCCGGCCGGCACGCUGUCCUUCUACACUCUGUCCUCCUCUGACACACUGACACACCUGCACACAUUCCGCUCAACAUUCACUGAGCCUCUCUAUCCAGGGUUUUGGGUUGAAAUAAACUCCUCAUUGUCCCUGUGUGAGGUAAAAACCUUCAGUUAGUAAAGGACGGUUCUUGUUGUUAUUGAUUGGUGUUUGUAAAUCAUGUUUAUUUAGUCAAAUUGUUGACAUUACAAUCCUGAUUCUGUUUGUACUCAAUAACACUGAAUGGAACUUUCCUGGUACACAUUUGGCCAGAUAAAGACGAAUAAAGCUUUUUUUUUUUUUUUACA